AUGGCGUCGGUGCAGGCACCCCCUGCGGUCCAGCACCCAGGCGGUCCUACCCCCAUGACUGCUACCAAGCAGCAAGCCGAAGAGGUCUUUAGAAAACUUAAGCAGAUGAAGGAAUCCGGCGUUCCACCGACCGAUCCCGAAUAUGUCAAGGCAUCUCAGUUCUUGAUGAACUUCCAACAACAGCACAAUAUGAGACGCAACCAACAGCAAUAUAUGCAGCAGCAGCAGCAACAGCAGAUGCAGCAGCAACAGAUGCAGGCACAGAACGGCGCCGUCAAUGGCGCACAGCCUGGUAGACCGCAACCUGGCACACCUCAAUCUGCGCCUGGUGCAAACCCCUCGCCCGCGCCGAAUCAAGGUGCCGCUGCUGCUACUGGAGGAGCGCCCGCCACACCUGGCUCUGCUGGCCACUUUACUCCCCAACAACUCGCUCUGCUCAGACAGCAAAUUCACGCCUUCAAGCUGCUCAGCAAGAACUCUGGUGUCUCUGCGCAAUUGCAGCAAGCCAUCUUCAACCAACGCCAGAAGCGCCAGACGAUUCCCGGCGAUGUCACAACGCCGCUCUCUGCGAAGGCGGAUUCUGGAAAAGACCAGAGCGAUGCUGCCGCUGGUACGGAAGGCGACGCUGCUGAACCCGGAAGUCUUGUUCCCAAGGCACACGUAUACAAGACGCUCAAGUCUCCCUACACAGGCGACAUGAUCCGACCCUCAAUCAACUACAUGGAGCACACUCAAAGAAAAAACCGCUGGUUUGUUCCUGGAGUGUUCCCCACUGGUGUUGAUUUUGAUCAUCUGCGAUAUGAACGCGAAGUGGUUGUGUUCAAUCGCAUGAGCCAGCGCUACAACGAGCUCAAGAACUUGUCUGCCAACAUUGCCCAAUGGGACUCAUCAAAAGAGGAACUUGAGGUGGACGACUCUUUGAAGCGCAAGGCUAUUAUUGAAAUGAAGAGUCUUGGCUUGUAUGCUAAGCAACGUGCGCUUCGAGAGAAAAUCGGCCGCCAAAUGUUGCACUACGACAAUCUCGCUAUGACGACAAAUCGCAGCAACUAUCGCCGCAUGAAGAAGCAAAACGUGCGCGAAGCACGCAUCACCGAGAAGCUGGAGAAGCAGCAACGCGACGCUAGAGAAAAUCGCGAGAAGAAGAAGCACAGCGACUUCCUUCGAGCUAUCUACACCCAGCGAGCCAAGAUUCAGGAUACCGCCUCAUCACAGAAGAACAAGGCUCAUAAGCUCAGCAGGCUCAUGUACUCUCAACACUUCAACAUUGAGAAGGAAGAGCAGAAACGCAUUGAGCGCACUGCCAAGCAACGUCUCCAGGCUCUUAAGGCUAACGAUGAAGAAGCCUACCUCAAGCUGCUCGACCAAGCCAAGGAUACACGUAUUACUCACUUGCUUAAGCAAACCGAUGGCUUCUUGCACCAGCUUGCCUCUUCCGUCAAAGCGCAACAACGCCAAGCUGCUGAGCGCUACGGCGACGAUGCUGAUAUCGUCGAAGAGGAGAGCGAGUCUGAGGAGGAAGAGGACGACGAAGAGGGUGGCGGCAAGAAGAUCGACUACUACGCCGUGGCCCAUAGAAUCCGUGAAGAAGUCACCGAACAAGCCGAUAUUCUUGUUGGUGGUAAGCUCAAGGAAUACCAGAUCAAGGGUCUUCAGUGGAUGAUCUCGCUGUACAACAACAACCUCAACGGUAUUCUUGCUGACGAAAUGGGUCUCGGUAAAACAAUUCAGACCAUCAGUCUCAUCACAUACCUCAUUGAGCGCAAGCAGCAGAGCGGCCCCUACUUGGUUAUUGUUCCUCUGAGUACGCUCACCAACUGGAACCUUGAGUUUGAGAAGUGGGCACCCAGCAUUAGCCGCAUCGUCUAUAAGGGUCCUCCCCUGGCACGUAAACAACACCAGGAGAAGAUUCGUCAAGGCCGAUUCCAAGUUCUUUUGACAACUUACGAAUACAUCAUCAAGGAUAGACCUAUUCUCAGCAAGAUCAAGUGGUUCCACAUGAUCAUUGACGAAGGUCACCGUAUGAAGAACGCCAACUCCAAGCUUAGUGCUACCAUCUCUCAGUACUAUCACACCCGUUUCCGUCUUAUUCUCACUGGUACACCUCUUCAAAACAACCUCAGUGAACUCUGGGCUAUGCUCAACUUCGUGUUGCCAACCAUCUUCAAGUCCGCCUCAACUUUCGAUGAAUGGUUCAACACGCCUUUUGCCAACACAGGUGGUCAGGAUAAGAUCGAAUUGACUGAAGAAGAACAGAUUCUCGUCAUUCGUCGUCUCCACAAAGUUCUACGACCCUUCCUUCUCCGUCGUCUCAAGAAGGAUGUCGAAAAGGACCUCCCUGACAAGACAGAAAAGGUUAUCAAGUGCAAGUUCUCUGCUCUGCAAUCGAAGCUUUACAAGCAGAUGGUUACCCACAACAAGAUUGCCGUCAGCGACGGCAAUGGCGGCAAGGCAACUGCUCGUGGUCUCAGCAACAUGAUUAUGCAGCUUCGCAAGCUCUGCAACCAUCCCUUUGUCUUUGAUGAAGUCGAGAACGUGAUGAACCCCAUGAGCAUUAGUAACGAUUUGCUCUGGCGUACGGCUGGUAAAUUUGAGCUGUUGGAUCGUAUUCUGCCAAAAUACCAGGCUACUGGCCAUCGUGUCCUCAUGUUCUUCCAGAUGACGGCUAUUAUGGACAUUAUGGAAGACUACUUGCGAUACAGACGCUUCGAAUACCUUCGAUUGGAUGGUACCACAAAGUCAGAUGAGCGAUCGGAUCUGUUGCGAGAAUUCAAUGCCCCCGACUCCAAGUACUUCAUGUUCUUGCUCUCCACUCGUGCUGGUGGUCUCGGUCUCAACCUUCAGACUGCAGACACUGUCAUUAUUUACGAUUCCGAUUGGAACCCUCAUCAGGAUUUGCAGGCGCAGGAUCGUGCCCAUCGUAUUGGUCAAAAGAACGAAGUCCGUAUUCUCCGUCUCAUCAGUUCCAACUCGGUCGAAGAAAAGAUUCUCGAGCGUGCCCGUUUCAAGCUCGACAUGGAUGGCAAGGUUAUUCAGGCCGGCCGUUUCGACAACAAGUCAUCUGAGACAGAUCGUGAUGCCAUGUUGAGGACCUUGCUAGAAUCCGCUGAUAUGGCCGAGUCUGGCGAGGGCGACGAGAUGGACGACGACGAACUCAACAUGAUGCUGGCACGAAGUGACGACGAAAUCGCUGUCUUUCAGCGCUUGGAUGAGCAGCGUGCAAAGGAGGGCUUGUAUGGAGGUCCCAAGGGCAAGUCUAGACUUAUGACGGAAGACGAGCUACCUGACAUCUAUAUGAGCGAAGGCAACCCUGUUCCCGACGAAACCGAGGAUACAAUUCUUGGCCGUGGUGCUCGUGAGCGUACCAAGGUUCGCUACGACGAUGGUUUGACGGAAGAGCAGUGGCUUAUGGCUGUCGACGACGAUGAAGACAGCCCCGAAGCUGCUGCUGCCCGCAAGCAGGCUCGUAAGGAUAAGAGAGAGAUUAACCGACUCAAGAAGUCGGCUGCUGCCAACGGCAUGGAUGACUCUCCACCACUUAGCCGCGCUAGCACGGAGGAGAUUGAGACACCAAAGAAGCGUGGCCGCAAGCCUGGCAGCAAGAACGAGAAGAGAAAGGCAGAAGACGGUGAUGAAGAGCCACCCGCCAAGAAGCGCCGAGGUCCUCAAGGGCGACCCAGCAAGGGUGCGGCUGCUGCAAACGCAUCCCGUCUUACCCCUCAACAGCGCGAGGUCCUGCAGAAGACUCUUCGCAUCCUGUAUGACGGUCUGAUGACACUGGAGGUGGACGAUAUUGAGCCUCCUGCCGAAGAUGAUGAGUCUGACGCUGGCAAGCGACUUAUCAUUGGCCCCUUCAUCAAGCUGCCUCCCAAGCGCGACUAUGCCGACUACUACUUGAUUAUUGCCAACCCGAUCUGCAUGAACCAGAUCCAGACACGCAUCAAGAAGGAGGACUACAACUCCAUGAGUGACAUGCGCAAGGACAUUGAACUAAUGCUGCGAAACUGCCAGACAUACAACGAAGACGGUAGUAUCCUCUACCAGGAUGCCAAGGUCAUGACCGAGUUCUUCAACAAGAAGUACGACGAGGAACUUGCAGCUCAUCCGGAACUCAAGGAGCUUGAAGAGGGUGCUGUCGGCGAGUCGGCACCCCCAUCCACCACGGAUGGUACACCACAGCCUAGCGGAACUCGCAUCAAGAUUAUCUCCAGCGCUGCCCGAGAAUCAAACGGAGCUCGACCUGUGGCGCCAAGCGAGGACGAAUAA